AAGAAAAUGUCGGUCAGCAUGCAUGAAAAUCGCAAAUCUAGGGCCAGUACUGGCUCUAUAAAUAUAUACUUGUUCCACAAGUCAUCCUAUGCUGAUAGUGUCCUUACUCACCUGAACCUUCUGCGUCAGCAGCGUCUCUUUACAGAUGUACUUCUCCAUGCUGGGAACAGGUCAUUCCCCUGCCACAGAGCCGUCCUAGCUGCUUGUAGCCGCUAUUUUGAAGCAAUGUUCAGUGGAGGACUGAAAGAGAGCCAGGACAGUGAAGUCAACUUCCAUAAUUCGAUUCACCCAGAAGUCUUAGAGCUUCUUCUGGACUAUGCGUAUUCCUCCAGGGUUAUCAUCAAUGAGGAGAAUGCAGAGUCACUGCUGGAGGCUGGUGACAUGCUGGAGUUUCAGGACAUUCGGGAUGCUUGUGCAGAGUUUCUGGAGAAAAACCUUCAUCCCACCAACUGUCUUGGUAUGCUGCUGCUGUCAGAUGCUCACCAGUGCACCAAGCUGUACGAGCUAUCCUGGAGGAUGUGCCUUAGCAACUUCCAGAGCAUCAGUAAAGGCGAAGAUUUCCUCCAGCUGCCAAAAGACAUGGUAGUGCAGCUCCUUUCCAGUGAAGAACUAGAAACUGAAGAUGAAAGGCUAGUAUAUGAAUCAGCUAUCAGCUGGGUCAACUAUGACCUGAGUAAACGUCACUGUUAUCUGCCUGAGCUAUUGCAGACAGUGAGACUGGCCCUCUUGCCAGCCAUAUACCUAAUGGAAAAUGUAGCUAUGGAAGAACUUAUCACCAAGCAAAGGAAAAGCAAAGAGAUUGUGGAAGAAUCGAUAAGAUGCAAGUUAAAGAUCUUACAAAAUGAUGGAGUGGUCACUAGUUUGUGUGCCAGACCCCGUAAAACUGGCCAUUCUCUUUUUCUUCUGGGUGGCCAAACCUUUAUGUGUGACAAGCUGUACCUGGUGGACCAAAAGGCAAAGGAGAUCAUUCCAAAGGCUGACAUACCAAGUCCACGGAAGGAGUUCAGUGCUUGUGCCAUAGGCUGCAAAGUGUACAUCACCGGAGGACGAGGGUCAGAAAACGGAGUCUCUAAAGAUGUGUGGGUGUAUGACACCCUUCAUGAAGAGUGGUCAAAGGCUGCUCCGAUGCUAGUAGCUAGAUUUGGGCAUGGCUCUGCUGAACUUAAGCACUGUUUGUACGUGGUAGGAGGACACACUGCAGCAACUGGUUGCCUUCCAGCUUCCCCUUCAGUAUCCCUAAAGCAAGUAGAACAAUACGACCCCGUGACCAACAAAUGGACUAUGGUUGCCCCACUGCGUGAGGGUGUAAGCAAUGCAGCUGUAGUCAGUGCAAAGCUCAAGCUGUUUGCUUUUGGAGGUACCAGCGUUAGCCAUGACAAGCUGCCCAAAGUACAGUGCUAUGAUCAGUGUGAAAACAGAUGGACGGUACCAGCCACCUGCCCACAGCCCUGGCGCUACACCGCUGCAGCUGUUCUGGGUAACCAGAUUUUCAUUAUGGGUGGAGAUACUGAAUUCUCUGCAUGCUCUGCUUAUAAAUUCAACAGUGAGGCAUACCAGUGGACUAAGGUGGGAGAUGUGACAGCUAAGCGAAUGAGCUGCCACGCAGUGGCAUCUGGAAACAAGUUGUACGUGGUUGGAGGCUACUUUGGCAUUCAGAGGUGCAAAACGCUUGACUGUUAUGAUCCCACGUUAGAUGUGUGGAACAGCAUAACAACUGUGCCCUAUUCAUUAAUUCCCACGGCAUUUGUCAGCACAUGGAAGCACCUCCCCUCGUAAUUGUGUCUGUGUUGCAGUUACAAAUGAUCAGUGUACUCCUUUAUUUGGAGAAGAGAAUUGGAACCUCAGAUCUGAUUUUAAUGAAGAAAGAUCAUUCAGUGUCUCUUGCAUUUGAAGAAAAUCGUCUGCACCUUGUAAAUUACCUAACCUAGACAUGAAGGAAUGAGAUGAAAAAACUUGUCUUCAGUGCUUCAGCACGUCGUUUAAAUAUGAAUGGAUGAACCUGUGAUCUGGUCCUUGUGCUAGUAGUAAUUGUGGAUUAAUGCCAAUAUUAAUCAGUACUU